CCACCCAAAAUCCCAAAAAUCCUCGAAACCCCGCUUCCGCCCACACUCCUCCACCUCCACUCUCUUCCCCUGUAAACCCCCCCCCCCCCCCCCCCCCCCCCCCCAAAAAUGGCGGCGGCCAGGGCCCUCCUGCCCGUCGGCGGCGCCGCCGCCGUCGCCGUUCCUCGACGGCUGCGCUCCGGGGAAGCCUCGUCGACGUCGCUCAGCGGCCCCGUAUCGGAUGGCGCCCGCCUCGUCCGCCGGAUGCAGCUCCGCCCUGCUCCCCUCCUCGGUUCGUCAACUUGCGCGCUGCCUUCCCUGCGGGGUAAGCGGCUCAUCCGCACCCCGGCUGCUUCCUCCUCCUCCUCCUCGUUGGACUCCACCGGGGAAGCAAAGCCUGUGGGAUUUGCAGAGAGAUACCCUGCUCUUGUCACCGGUUUCUUUUUCUUCAUGUGGUAUUUUCUGAACGUGAUAUUUAACAUCCUUAACAAGAAGAUCUUCGACUACUUCCCCUAUCCAUAUUUUGUGUCGGUGAGCCAUCUUUUGGUAGGAGUCUUGUACUGCCUUGUCGGCUGGAGUUUUGGUCUCCCAAAGCGCGCGCCGAUCAACUCAACGGUUCUGAAGCUACUGUUCCCAGUUGCUGUCUGCCAUGCUAUUGGUCAUGUAACAAGCACCGUGUCCUUUGCUGCUGUAGCUGUCUCAUUUGCCCACACCAUUAAAGCUCUUGAACCAUUUUUCAAUGCGGCUGCUUCACAGUUUAUCCUUGGCCAGCAAGUUCCAUUGACGCUGUGGUUAUCUCUUGCUCCGGUUGUGAUAGGUGUUUCAAUGGCAUCUCUCACUGAACUUUCAUUCAAUUGGACUGGUUUCGUUAAUGCCAUGAUUUCUAAUAUCUCCUUCACAUUACGGAGCGUUUAUUCCAAGAAGGCUAUGACUGACAUGGAUAGCACCAACCUGUAUGCGUACAUCUCAAUAAUUGCUCUCCUUGUCUGCAUCCCUCCUGCAAUUAUUAUUGAAGGACCUCAACUAGUGCAGCAUGGAUUCAAAGAUGCUAUUGCUAAAGUUGGAUUAGCAAAGUUGGUUUCUAAUCUCCUUGUGGUGGGCUUGUUCUAUCACCUUUAUAACCAGGUUGCUACAAACACAUUAGAAAGGGUGACCCCUCUAACACAUGCUGUUGGCAAUGUGUUAAAACGUGUCUUCGUCAUUGGCUUCUCAAUCAUUGCAUUCGGCAACAAGAUCACCACACAAACAGGAAUUGGCACUUGCAUUGCCAUAGCUGGUGUUGCACUCUAUUCUUAUAUCAAGGCUAAGAUUGAAGAAGAGAAAACGCAAAUGAAGAGCGCAUAAGGAGUUGAAUCUGUGGAUAUAGUUGGGUAGCUGCUUUGAUCGAUCUGUAUUGCCUCCGAGAAAUAAAAUGAGCUGUAAGAUUUAUAACAAUCUAGGUGCCUGCUGUAUCUCAUCUUGUUUGUUAUUGUCGAUUUCGCUUUGAACAGCAAAAGCUACCGAUGCAUUUUUUUUUUUUUUGUAAAUUAUAACUGCUAAAAACCCGCAGAAACAAAGCCUCCAUCAUCCCAUUUUCCCCUUCCUUGGCUAUUUGGACUUUUGAUGAUGCUCUUAAGUUUGAGCAGCUAUA